AUGGACAGUAAUGGUUCUCAACAUUUGGCUAAUGCAUUACGAAAUAAUAAAACACUAGCUACACUUAAUCUUGGCCUGAACAAAAUUGGUGAUGAUGGAGUUCAGUAUCUAGCUGAAGCAUUACGCAAUAACUAUGUGAUAUAUAAUUCAAUAACAUCUGUCUCGUACACUCGUUAUGCUGAAUCUUCAAUGGAAUCAAAUUACAUUCAAUAA